AGCCAUACGAAGAAGAGACGCCGCCGAAGAGGUCUCCUCUUCUGAGGGAAAGAUGGCGAGGAGGAGCCACUUGACAAGAGGAGGAGGAGGAGGAGGAGGAAGGGGAAGCAGGGAGCCCCCUUCGGCCAUGGCUAUGGCGGCGGCAAGGCUGCUCCUGGCGCUCGGGUGCUGGGCCCCAGUGGGCUCCCAAAGCAGCCUCCUGCAGCCGCCCUACUUCAACCUGGCCCAGGGGGCCACCAUCGGGGCCACAGCCACCUGCGGCCAGGACCAGGAGGGCAGCCCCCGCGCCGAGCUCUUCUGCAAGAUGGUGGGGGGCCCCGCCGCCUUCCCUGCAGGGCAGGCCAUCCAGGGCCAGUUUUGUGACUAUUGUAAUGCUGCUGAUCCAAAGAAAGCGCACCCGAUAACCAGUGCUAUAGAUGGGACAGAGCGCUGGUGGCAAAGUCCAUCUCUCUCGUUAGGUUUGAAGUAUGAUGAAGUUAAUGUUACUUUAGAUCUAGGACAGCUCUUUCAUGUGGCCUAUGUCCUCAUCAAAUUUGCAAAUUCUCCUCGUCCAGAUCUGUGGGUAUUAGAAAGAUCAGUAGACUUUGGAAGAACCUAUAAACCAUGGCAAUAUUUUGCUCAUUCUAAGGCAGAUUGUUGGGAACGUUUUGGAAAGGAGGCAAAUGUUCGUGUUAGAGAAGAUGAUGAUGUCAUUUGCACUACAGAAUAUUCUCGGAUUGUGCCUUUAGAAAAUGGAGAGAUUGUGAUAUCCUUGGUAAAUGGUCGCCCAGGAGCAAGUAACUUCACCCAUUCUCCCACACUUAGAGAAUUUACUAAAGCAACAAAUAUUCGUUUACAUUUCCUCCGAACCAACACACUUCUUGGACACUUGAUAUCUAAAGCUCAACGAGAUCCCACAGUGACACGCAGAUACUUCUACAGUAUAAAAGACAUCAGUGUUGGUGGGCAGUGUGUUUGCCAUGGGCAUGCUGAGGUCUGUGAUCCAAAAAGUGAACCAAACUCACAUAGGUACCAGUGUGAAUGUCAGCACAACACUUGUGGAGAAACCUGUGAUCAUUGCUGUCCUGGAUAUAACCAGAAACGCUGGCAGCCUGCAACAACCAGUAGCUCAAAUCUUUGUGAACCUUGCAAUUGCCAUGGACAUGCCACCGACUGCUAUUAUGAUCCUGAGAUUGAGCAACGUAAAGAGAGCUUAAAUCUUUAUGGGGAGUAUCAAGGUGGAGGGGUCUGCAUUGACUGUCAGCAUAACACAGCUGGCGUAAAUUGUGAGCGAUGUGCAAAUGGUUACUAUCGUCCUUACGGUGUUCCAGUGACAGCACCACAUGGAUGUAUACGCUGCAACUGCAUUUCAGAACAUUCUGAUGGCUGUGAGGAAGGAUCUGGUAGAUGUUAUUGUAAACGUAAUUAUCAGGGCAGAAGCUGUGAUGUGUGUGCUGAUGGACAUCAUAAUUUUCCUUUCUGCUACUGGAUUCCUGUGCAUCCAAUUACUACUCCAAGUCCAAAAGAAGACCCAUCAGCUGGUCAUAUAACUGGAGAUGGCUGCAAACCAGGAUUUUUUGGACCACAUUGUCAGCCUUGUCAGUGCCAUGGCUCAGGAGUGUUGAAUGUUGACGACUGUGAUCAGAAGUCAGGGCAGUGCCAAUGCUAUACUGGGUUUCAGGGGACUGCAUGUGACAGUUGUGCAGUGGGAUAUUUCCAUUAUCCUUUCUGUCAGAAAUGUGAAUGUAAUUUAGCUGGCACUGUCCCAGAAGUUUGUGACUUCCAAGGGAGAUGCCUUUGUCGUUCUGAAGUAGAUGACAUUCAUUGUAACAGCUGCCGCCCUGGAUAUCAUUCUUUCCCCUUCUGUCAAGAGUGCAACUGUGAUGCAGCUGGAUCUGUGGACAACACCUGUGGCCCUCAGGGUCAUUGUCUUUGCCAUAUAAAUUAUGCUGGUCCUAAAUGCAGGCAGUGUGCUCCUGGAUAUUAUAGCUAUCCCACUUGCUUGUCUUGUAGGUGCUCACCCCAUGGCUCCUACCAAGGCUCAUGCAAUCCAACCACAGGGCAAUGUGAGUGUCGACCUGGCAUAACAGGCCAACAAUGUGACAGAUGCCUCUCAGCAGAGCUGCACUUUCCUCAUUGCCAAGGAACCAGCCAUGAGUGUGACCCAGCUGGAACCAUGGAUUCAUAUUCUGGCCAUUGUUGGUGUCUGAACAAUGUGGAAGGUACAACAUGUAGUAUCUGCAAACCUCUUUACUGGAACUUGGCCAGAGAAAACCCUGAUGGAUGUAUAGAGUGUCAGUGCAAUGCAUUUGGAACACUGAGUGGAGUCAAAGAGUGUCAGAAGGUCAAUGGUGAAUGCUAUUGUAAACCUAAUGUUUGUGGAGAUUCUUGUGAUACUUGUGAAGAUGGUUAUUAUGGUUUAGAGGCCAAGAACUACUUUGGAUGUCAAGGAUGUGAAUGUGAUGUGGGAGGGUCUGUAAGUCAUGUGUGCAAUGCUCUGUUUGGUGACUGUCAGUGCAGAAAUCACAUUGUUGGAAAAAACUGCAAUGAGCCAGAAAAGAACUAUUACUUUCCCAAUUUACAUCACAUGAAAUAUGAAAUUGAAGAUGGAACAUCUCCUAAUGGAAGAGGGAUCCGGUUUGGUUAUGACCCUCUAGAAUUUCCUGGCUUUAGUUGGAGAGGUUAUGUAAAGAUGUCCUCAAUACAGAAUGAAGUGAGGAUAACUCUGAAUGUGAAGAAACCAACCCUCUCUUUAUUUCAUGUUAUCUUGAGGUAUAUUAGUCCUGGAACUGCUGAAAUACCUGGUCACAUAAUUGCAUAUCAAACUCGGUCUCAAAAAGGGACUCAUCAGAGGAAAGACAUUGUGUUCCCACCCAGUAGUGAGCCAGCUUUUAUCACUGUCCCAGGAACAAAUUUUGCAGAUCCAUUGUUGCUAGGUCCUGGAACAUGGAUUUUUAAAAUUGUGGCUGAAGGAGUCCUUCUGGAUUAUUUUGUGCUCUUACCUAGUGACUAUUAUGAAGCAUCCAUCUUACAUUUACCAGUUAGAAAACCUUGCACGUAUCCAGGACAUGCCACAACAGAUAAUUGUUUGCAAUAUGAGCACUUGCCACUAGAAAGAUUUUCUUGCACACUUGGCUCAGAAGUAACAUUUUUCUUGCAAGCGGGAGAGUACAGGAAAGCUGUUUUCCAACAACCAACAGCCAAACAUCCAGUAAUGUCUCACAUAAGUGGUCAAGAGGUGGAUCUUCAAAUCAAAUUAAAUGUUCCUCAAGCAGGCCGCUACAUUAUAGUGCUUGAGUAUGUCAAUGAACACAAUCAAGUUUAUGUUGGUAACGUGGAGAUUAUCAACAUGGGACAAGUGACACAGGCAAAAAUUAAUAUAUACAGUUGCAAGUAUGGCUUCCUGUGUCGCAGUGUUGUGAUGGAUAAUCUGAAUCGUGUUGCAGUUUAUGACCUUUUGUCUGAUACAGAGUUGCAUCUCAGAUCUUCAGUAAUACAUUUCCUUCUGAGUAAAAUUUGUAUUAUUCCAGUGGAAGAUUUUUCCCUAGAAUAUGUGGAACCUCAACUAUACUGCAUUGCUACAUAUGGUCAUUUGGAAAGUGCUUCAUGCAUCCCUUCACAGUAUGAAAUGCCUCCUUUAACAGUGGUGUUGGAUGCUCUGAGAGAUGGGAAUAUUGAAGUGGUGAGAAAUAUGGUCUAUCAAGAUUCACUGAAUCCUCCAAAUGCACACACAGCUAAUGGAGUGACUUUGACUUCUUCACAGAACCAAAUUACUCUGAGAGGAAGAGUGAUACAUUUGGGCAGAUAUGUUUUUAUCAUACAAUUUUAUCAGCCCGAGAGCCCAAUGUUUCCACUGGAAGUAACUGUGAAUGGAGGACAACUCUGGUCAGGUUCUUCUAAUGCUUCAUUUUGUCCACAUAUUUCUGGAUGUCGAGGCCUAGUGAUGGCAGAAAAUCAAAUUGAACUUGACAUCUCCAGACAUAGUAUAUCAGUAACUGUGAAAAUCCCUAAUGAAAAAACAGUGGUGUUGGAACGCGUACUGGCUGUUCCAGCAGACAGUUAUAGCUACACACUUCUCUAUAAAGACACUGUGGACAAGUCAUUUGAUUUCAUCAACAAGUGUGGUGAAAACAGUUUUUACAUUAACCCUGUAACAUCCUCAGAAUUCUGCAGAAAUUCAGCAAGGUCACUUGUGGCAGCCUACAACAAUGGUGCAUUGCCUUGCAAUUGCCACAGAAUUGGUGCCACCAAUCUUACGUGUGAUGCUAUGGGAGGGCAGUGCCACUGCAAACCACACAUCAUUGGCCGUCAGUGUAACAGGUGCCAAACGGGUUAUUAUGGAUUUCCAUUUUGCAAACCGUGUCGUUGUGGACGGCGUCUUUGUGAUGAUAUCACUGGCAAAUGUAUUUGUCCUCCUCAAACCGUAAAGCCAAGAUGUGAAGUGUGUGUGAGGCAGCACUUUGGCUACCAUCCCCUUGCUGGAUGUGUACGGUGCAAUUGUUCAAUCAAAGGAGUUGUUAACAUGGGAAAUCCUGAAUGUGAUAAAAUGAAUGGUCAGUGCAGAUGCCGUUCAGGAAUAACAGGCCGACAAUGUGAUCAGUGUGCUCCUGGUUCCUAUGGCUUUCCAAACUGUAAGCCUUGCAGUUGUAACAGAAGAGGAACAGAACCAAAUGUUUGUGAUUCAAAAACAGGAGUUUGUCUCUGUAAGGAGAAUGUUGAAGGUUUUCAGUGUGACAUGUGCCGCCCUGGAUCAUUUUACUUGGACUCUUCUAAUCCAAAAGGUUGCACCAACUGCUUUUGUUUCGGAGCAACCAAUAUUUGUCAAAGUACAAAUAAACACAGAAUUAAGUUUGUGGAGAUGAGGAACUGGCUUCUGAGAGAUAUGGAUAAUGACAUGAAUAUCCCAGUAACUUUUAACCCAGGCAGCAACAGUGUUGUUGCUGAUGUCCAAGAACUACCUUCCUCUGUGUGCAAUUUAUACUGGAUGGCACCUUCAUCUUACUUGGGAGACAAGCUUUCUUCAUAUGGUGGCUACAUGACAUAUCAGGUUAAAACCUUUGGAUUACCUAGUGAAGGCAUGACCCUCCUGGAGAAAAGACCUGAUGUGCAGCUGACUGGGCAACAGAUGAAAUUAAUUUAUGUGGAUCCUAACAAUCCUUUGCCUGACAAACAGUAUUAUGGAUCCAUUCAGCUACUUGAGGGGAACUUCAGACAUGCAAGCAGCAAUAACUUGGUAUCUCGGGAGGAGCUGAUGAUGGUCCUGUCUAGACUAGAAGGAUUACAAAUCAGAGGGCUUUACUUCACAGAAUCUCAGCGGUUAACUUUGGGCGAGGUUGGUCUGGAAGAGGCUACUGGUACAGGAAAUGGCAAUGUUGCUUAUAAUGUAGAGGCAUGCUCCUGUCCUCCUGGAUACCUAGGUGAUUCAUGUCAGGAAUGCAGCCCUGGAUUUUAUCGUGAGAACAAAGGUCUACUGACAGGACGGUGUGUUCCUUGCAAUUGUAAUGGAAAUGCAAAUAGAUGUAUCGAUGGUUCUGGAAUUUGCAUUAACUGUCAGCAUAAUACUGCUGGUGAGAAGUGUGAGCAUUGCAAAGAAGGUUACUUUGGUGAUGCCAGUCAAGGAAAUUGCAGGGUGUGUCGCUGCCCUUAUACAAACAGCUUUGCUUCUGGCUGUGUGGAAAAUGAUGGAGAUAUUCAGUGCUUUUGUAAAGAAGGCUAUACUGGGGUGCAUUGUGAAAGCUGUGCUCCUGGUUAUUUUGGAAAUCCACUGAAAUAUGGAGGAUUUUGUCAGAAAUGUAAUUGCCUUGACAAUGGUCAGCUAAUGAACUGUGAUCGCCUGACUGGAGAAUGUAUAAAUCAAGAACCAAAAGACAUAGAUCCUCAUGAAGACUGUGAUUCUUGUGAUAGCUGUGUGAUUACUCUGUUGAAGGAUCUGAGUACAAUGCAGGAUGAACUCCAUGUGAUUAAGUUUCAGAUGCAAAAUGUCAACGCCAGCACCAACGCACUGGGGCAGAUGAAGCAUCUGGAAGACCGGGUCAGACAGCUAAAGAUUUUAUUGAACCGCUAUCGUUCCAUUAUUACAACUCAAGACCCAAAAGUAGAUGAACUGGAGACAGACUUCAUUGACCUUAAUCAAAAUGUUAAUGCUCUAAAAGAAAAGGCUGAAAAUAAUUACAGGAAAGCAGAGACACUGUUCAAUAAUUUUAGUAAGACUAACCAAAGAGGAAAAGACUUGAUUUCAAAAAUACAAAGUAUAGUCAUCAAUAUUAAUGUUCUCUUGAACCAGAUACCUGGUACUUCUGGACAAGGAACUUUGCCUUCAGGAGAUGUUGCCAAAAGGCUGGCUGAAGCUCAGGAAAUGAUGAACGAGAUGAGAGCCCGUAAUUUUGACCAACAACUAAGAAAUGCUGAAAAAGAGAAUGGAAAAGCCCAGAAUUUGCUAGAACGUGUAAGGAAUGAACUACAGAAGCACCAAGCAGAAAACCAGGGAGUCAUUAAAAUUGUAAGAGAUUCGUUAAAUGAGUAUGAAUUGAAACUGAAUGAUCUUCGUGAAUCUUUGAGAGAAGCAAAAGAACAAACCAAGCUGGCUGAAAGUUUAAAUGUAGACAAUAAAGUGCUCUUUGAAGAUAUUAAGAAACGGACUGAGGAGAUGUCUAAACAACAGAAUGACAUCUUGGAUCUUCUAAAUUCUGCUGAAGCUUCAUUGUCUCGAGCAAAUAGUGCAUUUGCAUUGCUGCAGAGGAGUAAAGAGGAAUAUGAAACUUUAGCUGCCCAGUUGGAUGGAGCAAGGAAAGAUCUUAGUGAAAAACUGAAGAACCAGUCUUUAUCUGCUAGCAAGGAACCUUUAGUAGUGAGAGCAGAGGAGCACGCCAUCUUUUUACAAGACUUAGCAAAAAAAUUGGAUGAGAUAAAAAAAAAUGUCAGCAGUGAUGAGCUGGUGUCCUGUGCUGUGGAAGCUGCAACUGCUUAUGAGAACAUUAUUAAUGCCAUCAAAGCAGCAGAGGCAGCAGCCAACAGAGCAGCCGAUGCUGCUGAUUCAGCUGUAUCAAUUAUGGAGAAAAAAGAUCUAGCUGGAAAGGCCAACAGAUUGAAGACCAGCAGUGGCAAUCUGCUAAAUCAAGCACAAGCAGCACAAAAGACAUUGCAAGAAAUUAGCCCAGCUCUUGAUGAUAUAAAGAACCAACUUCAAGAUGCCAAGCGUAAGAAGAAUAUGAUUCAAGGAGAUCUCACAGUCUUUCAAAAUGAACUCCAGGGGAUAAAGAGAGAUGGCAUAAACAGCAUGAUCAUGAAUGCAAAGAACAUGGUCAAAAAUGCCAAUGAUAUUACUACUAAUGUACUUGAUGAACUGGAUCCAAUUAAAACAGAGGUUGAAAACAUAAAAGAUUCCUAUGGAACCACACACAGUGCUGAUUUCAACAAUGCUCUUAAAGAUGCAAACAAUACAGUAAAGAAUUUAACAAAUAUCCUCCCGGAUCUAUUUAACAAGAUUACAAGUAUCAACCAACAACUUAUGCCAAUAGGCAACAUAUCGGAGAAUAUAAAUCGCAUCAGAGAGCUCAUCCAGCAAGCUAGAGACGCUGCAAACAAGGUUGCUAUUCCCAUGAGGUUUGAUGGCAGUUCUGGGGUAGAGGUUCGACCUCCAGAUAUUCUUGAAGAUCUGAAGGGCUAUACUUCCCUCUCCUUAUUUCUUCAAAGACCUCUCUCACGAUUGGACAGCCCACAGCAGACUUCGGACAUGUUUGUUAUGUACCUAGGUGGCAAAGAUAGUUCCAAAGACUACAUAGGCAUGGCUGUUCGGGAUGGCCGUCUUAUUUGUGCCUACAGCCUAGGAGGCAGCACAGCUGAAAUAGAAGUUCCUGAGCAAGUUUAUGAGAGUGACACCAAAGAUGCAACUCUGGAUCUUGUGAGAUUUGAGAGAAUUUACCAAUAUGCAAAGCUAAAUUACAUUAAAGGUGCAACCUCCUCUUCACCAUCAAGUCUAGGACCUUUUGAGGACAGCAGCGAGAAUAGCUACACUCUCCUCAACUUAAAUCCUGACAAUGUCGUCUUCUAUGUUGGAGGAUACCCACCAGAUUUUACACCUCCUGAUACACUAAAUCACCCUCGUUAUGAAGGCUGCAUUGAAUUAGACAGCUUAAAUGAGAGAGUUAUCAGCCUGUACAAUUUCAAAAAGACAUUUAAUCUCAACACUACUUUAGUGCAACCAUGCAGAAGAUACAAAGAACAGUCUGCAAAAAUGUAUUUUGAAGGCACAGGUUACGCACGUGUUCAUGCUGCUCCACAAAAUUCCGUUCUUUUACGAUAUGAACAAACUAUUCAGACGACUUCAGAUGAAGGACUGGUAUUUUUCGCAGAAAAUCAGGACAAGUUUAUCAGUUUGAGAAUUGAAAAAGGUCAUCUAGUAUUCAGAUACAAAAUAGAUUCACAGCCACCAGAAGAGAUAGAAAGCAAAGAGGUCAUAAACAAUGGAAUUGAUCGACUGGUUGUUUUAAUUAUUACUCCUCAGCAGUUCACUCUGAUUGUUAAAUCUAGAGUACAAGCAAAGGCAAACACAUUUCGGUUUGAUUCAUAUUACUUGGGUGGAGUUCCAGGCUUCAUAAGAGAACGCUUUAAUAUAUCCACACCUCCAUUUCGUGGAUGCAUGAUGAAUGUCAGAACUUCAUUUGAGUCUACCCCUACCUUCACUGAAACUCUUGGUGUCAGCACAAAAUGCCCUGAUGAUUGGAAGCUUGUGAGAACUGCAACUUUCUCCAAGAAUGGAGUACUUGGACUGAGUGAUGAAGGUUUCCCAUUUCCCAAUGAUUUCCAAGUUGGUUUUGGCUUUCACACAUUAGCGCUUGAUGGAGCCUUGUUAAAUUACAAUUUACGGCCUGAUAUACUUACUAUACUCCUAAGAAAUGGUUCUGUAAUUGUACAGUUAGCUGAUGAAGAAAGCCAGUCUAGCAAGAGAUAUGGAGAUGGUUUAAUGCACUAUGUAACAGUAAUGAAAGAAGGUGACACGCUUCAAAUGUUGAUUGAUGAUGUCCCUGAGUCAACAAUAGUUGAAAUGCUUCCUAUAAUAGGAAGGAAAACACUCAGUCGGCCAAUAGAACUUGGUGGUAAUAAUUUUGAAGGUUGCAUUUCCAAUGUCUUUAUACAAAGAAUGGGACAAUUUCCUCAUGUACAAGAUCUAACCAAUUAUGAGGAAAAGACUGAUGUGUCUUUAGGCUUCUGUAUGAUAAAGAAACAACCACAGCCAUUGCUACUGCGGGAACUAACAGAGCCGUAUCCUGAAAUGGCUUUGAAGAGGAAAAAAAUAAUUGCCUAUCUGACAGAUGCAAGUGUACAGCAAAGCAACAAAAGUUGUCCUUUCCACACACCAUUAAAUUUUGUCACUGGAGCUUAUCACUUUGGCAAUACUCCUGACACUCAUUUGCUGUAUACAACUUCCCAAACAUCAUCAAGAGACCGAUCACAUUUUGCAGUUGAUGUUCGUACAGCAUCAUCUAGAGGACUGAUCUUCUUCAUGGGAGAGAAACUGGGGGGCAGAUACAUGUCCCUUUACCUUUCAAAGGGACGUUACGUCUUUCUACUUGCUGCUGAUGGAAGAAAGAUCAAGAUCAAGAGCAAAGCCAAAUACAGUGAUGGACAAUGGCAUACGGUGACAUUCAGCCAAGUUGGACAGAAAAUGCGUCUUGUAGUUGAUGGUUUGAAGGCUCGAGAAGGGAACGUACCACCUGCAUUCUCUACUAAGACCGAGUCACCAAUCUACCUGGGAGGAGUCCCUUCAUUAAAGAUUCAGAAUAUACCAAAAAAGAGCUUUAUGGGCUGCUUGAGAAAUUUUAAUGUGGGAGGAAAGCCUGUACAUGCUUACCAUCAGAACAGUGGUGUCUUGCCUUGCUUGGAUAAUGCUUUGGAGAAUGGGAUCUCCUUCUUCAAUGAAGGGGGGCAUGUUGUCAUUGAAAAAAACUUCUUGAAGAACUUGUACUAUAGGAUUGCAUUUAGCAUUCGUCCAAGGAGUUUAACUAGCAUUUUAAUCCAUACUGGCAGCAAACAAGGAAACUAUUUAACUGUUUACAUGAAAGAAGGUGUGCUCACUGUCUCUGGAAAUAAUGGCGCUGGAGAGUUCUUGACAUCACUCACACCUCAGCAAUCUCUGUGUGAUGGGAAAUGGCAUUCCAUAGCAGUAACUCAGAAGAAAAACACUAUGCAUCUUGAUGUGGAUACAAUGAGUAAUUACACUACUGGACCAUCAACUGUACUUUCCACCAACCAUGCUCAACCACUUUACUUUGGGAGAGUUCCAGUGAACUUGGAAACAGCAUGGCUUCCUGUUCAGGAUAUGUUUCUUGGCUGUCUGAAGGAUGUUAAAAUCAAUGACAAACCUGUCUUAAUAAGCAAAAUUUCAGACAUUCAUGGUGUUGUCAGCUUGCAAGGGUGCCCUGUUAAUUAACCAUUUCACAUGUAUCUUCUCAGGGUAAAAUCUCCUAAUGUACUGUAUGAAAUGCCUCAAUAUGGUUUUAUUUCUUCUCAUCUCUUUGUAAUUCUUGCCAUUUGUGUACACAAGGUUUAAAGAUGUAUAUUUUUUCCCCAGAAAUAUAGACUUCGUUGCCAUUGUUAGAUGCUUUAUGAAAUAAUUUCCUUUUUUCUUUGUACCGCUCAUUUUGUAUGAUAGAGCCAUGUGAAAUACAGAAGGGUCUUGUAUAUAACAUUAUCUGGUGAAAUUCUGCUCAGUUACAGUGAUAUACAACCAGAGCAAUUGCAUUGACAUAACAGCCAAGCCCUGAGGCUCUUGACAUGGCAAGAAUACCCAAAUUGGAACUAUAAAAAUGUUUGAAUUGGAAGAAGCAUCUGACCUGUAGACAGAAUUUUAUGAAAAUAGAAAAUGAUGUUGGGGCAAUGAACCACUUCUUUCAUACUGACAUGUGCAUUACAUAAUUGACAGAAAUAAUAUAAAAUCAGUAUGAAGCACUUUAAAAAGAGUGAAAUCCCAGGGGUCACAGUUCUAAGAUUUCUAAGAACAAAUAAAUGCAACUUGCUUUUAAACAAUUCUAUACACUUAUUGGACCCUCACACAGCAAGAUUUUUAUCAGCUUUUCAUCAGCUUUAAUCAAAAAGCUUGACUGGUUAAAGAAAAUGAGUUUAGACCCACUAUAUCUCUGUUCAGAAGAUGUAAUAUGCAUGAGUUGUUCCUGAAUCAUAACAGAAGAAGAAAUGGUACAUUGCUUGUUUUGAUUCUUUUACUGUCUCAGCCUGAUUGCAAGACCUGCAGUCAGAAUUUUUUAAAAAUACAACAAGUCUGCUUAAAGAAUUA